GACAUCUCACUGAACGAAGUAAUGCCGUUCUAAUGAAGUUAGCUAGCAAGCUAACUCCUUUUCUGUUAUUUUUUUGUGUGUGCCGCCGAAAACUAGACUGUUUUCUCGUCUCGUAUUAGUCUCAACCACAGGAUGAUUGACACAGAGAGGGGAGCCAGUGAUGCUGAUACAGCACAGCCCACCAGUAAGAACAAAGACACAGAAAAAAAGAAGCGGUCCCGUGUCAAGCAGCUGCUCGGUGAUGUGAAGAAGCAAGUGGAGUUCUGGUUCGGAGAUGUCAACCUUCACAAGGACCGCUUUUUGAAAAAACUCAUUGAUGAAUCAGAUGAUGGAUAUGUUGAUAUAUCUGUGUUGGCAAGCUUCAAUCGAAUGAAGAAGCUGACAUGUGACACCAAGCUUAUUGCGAGAGCGCUGAAAAAUUCAUCUGUAGUUGAGGUUAACCUCGAGGGAAAUAAAGUAAGGCGUCAGUUUCCAAUUGGAGAAGUCCCAGAGGAUGUUGAUAGCCGCACAGUCUAUGUGGAACUUUUGCCCAAGGAUGUUACACACGGCUGGAUAGAGAGAGUGUUCAGUAAAUGUGGGAAUGUGGUUUAUGUCAGCAUCCCCAGAUAUAAAUCCACUGGCGACUCCAAGGGUUUUGCCUUUAUUGAGUUUGAGACAGUGGAAGAAGCACAGAAAGCCAUCGAGGUGCUCAAUAAUCCUCCUGAAGAUGCUCCCAGGAAGCCGGGGAUUUUUCCCAAGACGAAAAAUAGGAAGCCCCUCCCUCUGCCUGUCGACAAUCCACCAUCAGGGGAAGAGGAGGAGAAGAAAAAGCGAAAAAAGAAGAAAAAGAAAGAAGGCGCCACAGUACAAACUCCCGCUGAAGAGGCCACAGAACAGGUGAUGGAAGCAGAGCCGUCAGAGCUAAAGAGGAAGCGCUCGGUGGGGGGAGAUGAAUUGGACGUCGCUGGCACUCAGAAGACACUGGGCAAACUAUCUGAGAAAAAAAGGCGACGGUCGCAGACGGCAGAGGGAUCUGAAAGUGAAGUACCAUCUAAAAUGAGGAAGAUGAGUGAAAGUGAAGCUGGAGAGAAGGAAAAGGAUGUAACAAAGACUAAACCGCCCACUAAAAGUGACACAGAGAGAGGUGUUGAGGAAGGGAAAGAAAACAGAGAUGAUUCAACAGUUAAAGCAAAGAGGAAGAGAAAAAAGAAACACAAGGAGAAACUGAAAAUCGGGGAAGAAGUCAUCCCACUCCGGGUUCUAUCAAAGAAAGAGUGGCUGGAGUUAAAGGAUGAGUAUCUAACCUUGCAGAAGCGCAGCAUGACGUCACUGAAGAAAUGCAUGAAUAAGAUUGAUCACAAAGAGCACAAGAGUCUGAUGGAGACAGACAGUCAUCCUCCAGAUGGGAAUGUUGAGAAGAGUAACAGAAGUGAGAAAGCGAUGAACCAAGGUCCUCAGUUUACCAGUGGUGUUAUCAUGAAGAUUACAGACAACAAGCCGCUACCAGGGAGGAAGUUCAUCAAAGAUGCUCUGUGCAAAAUAUCCCCUGUGGCAUACAUCGACACCUUGGAGGGAGACUCUGAGGGUCACAUCCGCUUUCACACCCCCGAGGAAGCUCAAGCCGUGAGCGACGCCAGAGAAGAGCUACAGAAAGAGCACAGCUGGAAGCUUGAGAUUCUCUCAGGUGACAAUGAACAAAGGUACUGGCAGAAGAUCCUAGUGGACCGCCAAGUCAAGCUGAAUCGUCCAAGGGAAAAGAAACGCGGUACAGAGAAGCUCAUAUCCAAAGCCGAGAAAAUCAUCCUCGCCCGCGCAAAGGAGGCUCACAAGCACAUCCGUUUCCAAGACGACUGACAGCUGCCGAAACUAGUUUUUGACAACCUUACAUGUUUAACUAUGUCGACUUGACAUGAUGUGAUUUGAAGAGGUUAAUCGAUCUUAGCUGGAAGAGAACUGUAUGAGAACAUGAAGAAGUCUAAACAAGUUAAUAUUUUUUGUUUGCACUGAAGUGCCCGAGAGAAUGCUGCUGUGCACAUAGACGGUUAGGCAACAUUUUUUUUUAAUUGAAACCCCUUUUUUUCAUAGAGAGAUUCUGUAUAUGAUGUAAAUAUCAUUGAUAUAGAAGUUCUUCCAGUUAAGACAUGGACAAGUCAUGACAUUUCCUUUUGAGGAUAUUUGUCGUUUUGUUUUUUAAUAAAAUGUCAUUAUUUGAUUAUUAAA